AUGAUCAAAUCGUUCAUUAACAACGGGAUUAAAAUAUACUCGUUAACAUCGGGGAGGGUGAGUCCCGAGAGUGGUGGGAUCGGUGGCGUGGGGAAAGGGAGUGGAAAGAGAAAAAAGAAUGCAUCGAUUGGGAGGAGCGAAAACUCGGUGGAAAUCUUGCACGAUUUAGAAUUCUCACAAAAAAGUGAACAAGUGAAGAUAAGCGAUGACGGAAGGUACAUCUGUAUCAGUGGGUUGUAUGACACGAAAGAAAUGUCUAUAAAGCAUAGGAGACAUUUCGACGAAGAGGUAAUAAAUUUUGAAUUCCUAACUAGUAACUAUGAAAAAAUAGCCUUUUUAUGCAAAAACAGGAACGUAGAAUUUCACAAUGCAGCAGGAAAGUACUACAAAAUGAGAAUUCCAAAGGAGGGGAGAAAUCUACUCUAUAAUAAAGAAAAUUCUAAUUUAUAUAUUUGUUCUUCUUUUGAUGAAAUUUACAUUUUGAAUUUACAAAAGGGUGGGUUUGAAAAUUCCAUGAGUACCAGAAAUGAACAGAACAAUUUUUUAUGUCGAAAUGUGCAUCUGCCUGUUUUGGCUACAGGUGGGUCGAGUGGCUUUUUGGAAAUUUGGGAUGAGCGCGUGAAGAGAAGUAUUGCUUGUUUGGACAUUCAUGAGGGGGAGGAACUCACUGCUGGUUGUUUUUCUGAUAGCGGGUUGAAGUUGGGUGUUGGGACGGAAAAGGGCAUCGUGAAGGUGUAUGACAUUCGUCACAGUAGGCCGCUCCUGGCGAAAGACCAUUGUAACGAUUUGGCUAUUAAGAAGAUUGAGUUUGUGAGCAUCGGCAAGAGGGGUGGAGGCAGCGCUGCAGCAGGAGUUGGCAAUUCGUUUGGCGGUUCGCUUGGCGGUGGGACGUUUGCUAAUGACCGCUUUCUGCGCAGUGGCGAGUGGGGCCCCCCCGUGUCAGGUGGGAGCGCGUCAAACGAGUACGUCGCAUCUGCAGACGCGAACUGCAUCAAAAUAUAUGGCGAAAACGACCCCAAUUUGUUGUCCUUCCAUGUUAUAAAUAGGGAGGGCGAAAGUGGAAAAAGUAAAGGUGGGACAAAAAAAACAAACGCGUUUAAGCUACUUGGAAACGAUACAAUAAGUAUCAAUUCGUUUGCCUUUUAUAAAAACUCGGGACUAUGUUUCAUCCCAUGUGAUAGUACCAAUGUCUCUCUUUACUUCAUUCCCUACAUUGGGAUCGCCCCCAAAUGGUGUAACUUUCUCGAUAACAUCACGGAAGAAUUGGAAGAAAGAGAAAGGUAUGAUGACAGCAGGAACGACGGUGAUACACAGUAUGGCAACUCGAAUGAUUUGUUUGACGAUUACGUUUUUGUUUCGAACGAACAGGUGGAAAGGAUGAAUAUAAGCCACUUGAGAGGAACGCCCAAUUUGAUUUCCUACCUGCACGGAUAUUACAUGCCAUCCAAAAUGUACACAGAUAUUAAGAGCGUCCUUGAGGCGGAUAAUUUGAACCAAGUGAAAAAGGCCAUUGUGCAAAAGAGGCUGGAGAAGAAACAGCAGAUGAGAAUCCCAGACAAAAGCGUUUUGGUGAACAGAGAGUACGUGGAUAAACUACUCACCAGGGUGAAUAAGAAAGUUGACAAAAAGCAGAAGGCUAUCGUGGACGCCCAGGAGCUAUUGCAGGACGAGCGGUUCAACAAGCUCUUUUACGACCCCGAGUAUAUGGUCGAGACGGUCGACUUGGGCGACUAG